AUGGAAGUAGAUACUGCCGAGUUCCCGGAAGGCGGGAUGGGCUGGCUAGUGUUGGCCGCCGCAUGGUGUGCGAUGGCCGGCAGCUGGGGGAUGGUGAACAGUUUUGGUGUAUACCAAGCUUACUACCAGACGGAUCUUUAUCCCCAUGAAGACGCAUUCAAGAUAAGUGUAAUUGGGGCUCUACAAUGCUUCUGCAUCUACGAGUUUUCUAUCCCGACUGUCUACUUAUUGCACCAUCUGAAUGCAAGAAUCACAAUCACGCUUGGUGUGCUGAUUCAAACUUUCUCGCUUAUGAUGAUGUCUAUCACAAACAACAUUUGGCAACUAUUUCUGGUGCAAGGCUUGCUUUUUGGACUAGGGAAUGGUAUAGUGUAUCUCACUGCGAUCACAAUAAUAAUGCAAUGGUUCAAGAGAAGACGAGCGUUGGCUGUUGGUAUUGCAGCCUCAGGCUCCAGUAUCGGAGGUGUUAUCUGGCCAAUCGCUGUGAAAAAACUGAUUGCCGAAGUUGGAAUUGACUGGGCAAAUAGGAUUUUGGGGUUUAUUUACAUUCCCAUGGGAGCCGUAAUGAUUUUGUUUUUGAAACCGAGACUAUCGCUUCGCGCUGAAAAAAAGGCAACCUUGUUACCGUUUAACUUUGAGGUUCUGAAAGAUAUCAAGUUUGUCUUUUUGGUUGCAGGCUUUACUAUCACGAAUUUUGGUCUCAUGCCAGGGUUAUUUUUCAACGACCUGUAUGGACAACGACUGUCUAACAAAACAGGCCAUACCUUAGUUGAGCCUCAAUACUAUGUGUCGAUCUUGAAUGCAAUGAGUAUGGUUGGAAGGAUCAUGCCUGGAUUCCUCGCUGACAAAUUUGGCAGGUUGAAUUUGCUUAUUCCAUUUGCACUGCUGUCAGGUAUCUUUCCGCUGGUUUUGUGGUUACCAUCUUCAAGCUCCAAUAACCUUUUCAUGUCUUUUGUUGUUCUCUGGGGACUCAGCUCAGGAGCUAUGAUCUCGCUAUUCCCGACUCUGGUUCCUCAGCUUUUUGGUAUCAAGGAUAAUCAAAGUCGUACAAGUUUAUUUUUUGCAAUUGGAGGAAUUGGAACUCUUUUUGGACCAAUUAUAUGUGGAGCCUUUGUACCGUUGGCCGCGGACUCUCAGGGUGAUAUCGAUGGUUUUGAUAAGGUCUCCAUCUUUAUUGGCGUGAUGUUUUUGGCGGGAACGGCAAUGCUUGUUGGCCUCAGAGUGUGGUCAUCGAGGAGUCUGAAGAAAAUAAUUUGA